AUGUCCCUAUUUUAUAAUAUUUUCCUAUUCUCCCUUAUUACUUCUUUUCUGUUGAUCAACUUUCCAUUUCUUUUAGAUGCUGAGGAGUUCUUGGCAGAAGGUUUGCGGAAUGAGAACCUCAGUGCUACUGCAAGGGACCACAGAGACCAUAUACUAAGGGGCUUCCAGCAAAUCAAAACUAGGUACUAUUGGGAUUUUCAGCCCCAAGGGGGAGACCAAGCUGAAAGUUUCCUUGGACAGGACAGCUCUGAUGAUAACCAUAGUGGAACUCAUGGCCCCACUCUCACAUCAGAUGCACCUUUUUUGCCCGAUUAUCAGGAUGAGGGAGUGGAAGACAUCACAAGAGGAGCUCAAGAGCUGGAUAACAUCAUCAAGCAGGGAUACUUGGAGAAGAAAAGCAAAGAUCAUAGUUUCUUUGGAUCGGAAUGGCAGAAACGAUGGUGUGUCAUCAGCAGAGGCCUCUUCUACUACUAUGCUAACGAGAAAAGCAAGCAGCCCAAAGGGACCUUUCUCAUUAAGGACUACAGUGUCCGGAUGGCCCCGCACCUGCGAAAAGAUUCCAAGAAAGACUCCUGCUUUGAACUGACCUCCCAGGACAGGCGCAGCUAUGAGUUUACAGCUGCUAAUCCAGCUGAGGCCAGAGACUGGGUGGAUCAAAUAAGUUUCUUGUUAAAGGAUCUGAGCUCCUUAACCAUUCCAUAUGAAGAGGAGGAGGAAAAGGAGGAAGAAGAAGAGAUGUAUGACGAUAUUGAUGGCCUUGACUCCCCGAAUUCCAGUUCCCAGUGCAGACCCGUCAUCUUGCCUGGGAGUGUGGGGCUAAAAGAGCCCACAAAGGAGGAGGAAGAAGAUAUUUAUGAAGUCUUGCCAGAUGAAGAGCACGAUCUGGAAGAGGAUGAGACUGGGACUCCACAUAAAGGAGUGGACUAUACCAAUUAUUACCAGGGCCUAUGGGAUUGCCAUGGUGACCAGCCAGAUGAACUAUCCUUCCAACGGGGUGACCUCAUCUACAUUCUGAGCAAGGAGUAUAACAUGUAUGGCUGGUGGGUAGGAGAACUGAACAGCCUCAUUGGGAUUGUUCCAAAGGAGUAUCUCACCACUGCCUUUGAGAUGGAAGAAAGAUGAAGCCCAGGACACAUAUCCUUGUCUCUGCCCUGCCUUUUUGAAGAGACUGCUCAUCAGGAGUUCCUAUCCGCCCCCCCUCCCCAGCCACCCCACCAACACCAUGGACUCUUCUCUUGACUGAACAGACCCAAGCCUCUGACACCUUGCAGUCACUGCAAACUGCCAGCAAGAUGAGUGGGAAGAGGCGGAGUCAGCAGAUCUGUUGCUAACCUUGCCUUGUACUUUCUCCCACCUUCAUUUUGUUUUCACCCCACCUCUAAACAUGUCCCCACAUCCACACCUGCCCUCUCCACAGGCUUGUCACAGAGAAGGUGAGAGAAAAGGAAACCUUUGGAGGAGGAAGUUGCUAGUUGUUUCAGCUGAU